AUGUUCGUCUACCAAGGAAAUUUUGACUGGCCUGGGUAUGCUGAGAACGAGACCUUCACAAUCAUCUUCCCCCACGGUGUCGUUCGUGCCAAUGACCCCGUCUACCUGUUCACCCAGUGGACCAAGGACUGGAACCGAGUCCUAAAGGCCAAGUUCUUCCAGUCCAUCGUCGUCUCAGAUGUCAAGCAGCUUUCCAACACCACUGAUAUCUCCUUCAAGCUCUCCGGCGCCAAGUAUGACUUUGCUAUCACCACUGAGCAGAACUAUGCCAAGGUCAAGGUUGAUAUGUCGAGCACUGGUACCCUGAAGACUUUCACUCUGAACCGAGUGUGGAAGCCUGAGGGCAAGGUUGACCACGAUGCUGCUCUCAGAAUCUGGGCUGGAAGCAUCAAAUUCGACGAUGGUGCUAGUGCUGUUGAUGAGCAGGCCAUCGUUAUCCUCCCUGAGGACUACAAGGAUGGCAAGCCUGUCAUAUCUUCGUGGCAGUGGACCAAGGACUCUGCGGGCAAGGCCAAGACCACUGCCUUCAAGGGAGCCCCUUUGAAGUUCAUCAGCUCUGAUGAUAGGGUCUCCAAGUUCGCCUUCAGCAAUGUCCAUGACUUCACCUGCUCUUGGAACCGCAAGACCGAGAAGCUUGGCCUUGAGAUCAAGAAGGGCGGAAAGCAGGUCAGUGUUGGCGAACUGAACCUCAGGGCUAAGAUUGAGCCCAAGGCGCACUCAUUUGACUCCGACGACUUGGUCCCUCCUACCAAGAAGGAGGUCGAGUUCCGUCUCCCUCAGCCUCAGGCUACUCUUCCCCGUGUGCUCGACCCAAUGCCCUUCCCCAAGACUCUUCUUGAGACCCUCAAGCAUGGAGCGGCCUUCAUUGAGCAAGCUGGAUACCUCACUGUCCAAGCCCAGAACAAAUUCGCUGCCCUAGAUGUCGAUUUCCAUAAGCAGACUGUCCUUGUCGAGACCCUCAAGAAGGACAAGAAGAACCUCGAGGCUGAGAUUGUUUCCCUCACAGGCCAGCGCAACAAGGCCAACGCGACCAUCGAGCAGCUUAACAAGCAACUCGCUGACGCCAGCAAGGAGUACAAGGAUAAGGUUAAGCAGCUCAACGACCGAAUCGAGCAUCUCAAGGAGGACGACAGGUUCGAUCACAAGGUCAUCAGCAAGCUGCAGGAAGAUCUUAACGCGCUUGGCUCUGAGAUCGCAUGCCUUAACAACGAUUUACUCGAGGCUCAGCGUGAGAAGCAGAGGCUUGAACAUACCAUCGGUGAUCUCCGAGAAGAAGUAUUCACUCUUGUUGGUAAGGUCCUUGAACUUGAGAAUGAGCUCAAGAUACAGAAGGAGGCAAACGGUGCUCUUAUCACCAAGAGCCUAGAGCUUGAGAAUAUGCUUCGGGAUUCACGCCUCGCCGUUAAGGCUCUCCAGAACCAGCUCGCCGAUGCCAAUGCUGAGAAUGAACGCACCAAGACAGAUCUCAACAAUGCCCUCAAGAGCUACACGGACACCAAGAAGGUUCUCGAGGAGACUGAGACAAAGCUUAAGGCCAAGACCAUCACUCUUGAUGAGACAUCUGCUGAACUCGUCAUCACGAAAAGAGAGCUGACCGACAAGACUACUGAGGCCGAGACUUGGGAGUAUCGCGUUGAUAAAGCGGAUACAGAGUAUCAAGAGUUGAAAAACGCUCAGAAAGCUAUCAACAAGAAAUGGACCAGUCUGGUGGACGAGUAUCAGAAAAAGAUCUUCAGAGGAGAGACCAGUGAUGAGCAGUUGAAGGAUCUCGUUCACCGCCUUGAGGAACACAAGAAGACCCUCUGA